AUGGCUACCGCGCAGAUUCCCGAGGGCGGCACGCUACUCGACACCUUCAAGGGGUCCUUCACCCGGGUCCCCAUCGAUGCCGAGCACGGCAAUGCUGUCUCGACGACCGAGUUCCUCGACGCCGCCGAGUCCCUGACCACCAUGUUCGAUCUUCUCGGCUCUGUCGCCUUCGCGCCGGUCAAGAAGGACAUGAUGGGCAACGUUGAGAAAAUCAGGAAACGGCAACUGGCUGCGCCCCUCGAGUCCCAGAACCUCCAGGAUCUCGUGCGGAAUGAGCUCAAGACCAAGUCCCACACUGCCACCGAGGGGUUGCUAUGGCUGGUCAGGGGCCUCGAGUUCACGUGCCUCGCGCUCAGCCAGAACGUCGCCAACCACGACCACGAGCUGUCGGACUCGUUCCGCAACGCCUACGGCGCCACCCUCAAGCCGCACCACAGCUUCCUCGUGAAGCCCGUCUUCAGCGCCGCCAUGAGCGCCUGCCCCUACCGCAAGGACUUUUACUCCAAGCUCGGCUCGGACGAGGAGAAGGUCAUGGAGCAGCUCCGCGAGUACCUGGCCGCGCUGGACAAGAUCGUGGCCAUCCUCAAGGCCUUCCUGGAGAGCAAGGAGGCCAAGUGGUAGACCGUUGGAUGUUGGAAUACAUAGGCGCUACUCUAAACACGCGUGGCAUCAAAACCAGGCGGAAAUAAAAACGGCCUGUGGCCGUCCCGAGGUUCCGCGAACCAUGAUCUAUAUUGCUUGACUGCGCACGCGUCACUGGGCGUUUUGGAGAGGUCCUCC